GAGGCCAAACUUCUCUUCUCUCCACUAGUACAGCCAGCGCUGAGUUUUAUAGCAAAGUAGUCUUUGGUUAUCACAAUGGAGGAAGCACAGAGAAGCAAGCGGAGGCGUGUCUACUCCUUUGAUCCAGAUGCUAUAACAUACACCAACUCCUCUCAGAGCACUGAGAAUGAGGGCAACACUCAUUUUGACAUACUCAAGAGGUUUGAAGGUCUUCAGACAUUUCCAGCUAUACAUAGGCCUGUUAUAGUUGCUCGACAAAGGAUCUCAGAGAAGGGGACUGUGGGAGGAGAGAAGGAGCUGGCUUGCUGCAUCAGGAAACUGCAAAAGAUUUUGCCUGGUGGAAAUGAUAUGGGUAUUUCUGAGCUGCUCUCUGAAGUGGAGAGCUAUGUGGUUUGCUUAAAGUUGCAGGUGUAUGUUCUCAGGUCUCUUGUUGAUGCACAAUCAUAGAAGUUGCUUUGUUCAGCAUCUACUUUGGUUUCAGCAUGGAAUAAAGCAUGUGGGAGAGAUGUUUGUUUCGUUGAUGUUUAUUACCUCUGGAGUUAAGCAUGUAGAUAGAAUGAGGAAGAAGUUUCAGAUUGUUGCUAUCUUAAUACAAGUUUGUGGGUACUUUUUCAAAAAUA